AUGCCCAAAACUACGGAACAAGAUCGGAAUCAUCGUGCUUCAGAGCAUGAAUUCCCGAAUUGGAAUGGCCAUUCGGAUUCCAACUUCAUCAUUGAGAAAAGUCGCGAUAUUGUAAGAAUUACGGUAGCUGUAGUUCUACAUUUCCCGUUUUCGAUAAUAAACAAGUGCGAUUUCAGCAGAAGCAAGCCUGCGAUGAGAUCGAAGCCAUGUUUCUGCUGACUCUCCGAGAGAUUGAGAAGAAUUCGCAGGUAAUUCAAUGCGAUAAUCAAGUCGGAUUAAUUCCGAAUCCCAUGUCUCAUCAUCCAAUAUCAUUAUCUCAACUGGCAUGUCAUCGUAUCUCCCUAGAAUAAUCAUCUUGCGUUAUUUUCAGGAAGGUCUGCAAACUGCUCGUUCUGCUGGAUUCUUUGACAAUGAUGACACCAGCGGCGGAGAUGGAUCGAGAUCUCUUCAGAAUACCCCAUCAGGUUGGCCUUUGCAGGUUUUCUUGGUAACUUUUGUCGAUUCAGAUGAGAAUUUAAAGACUCUCGGUAAAGAGAAGAUCCGCCAUUCUACCUUAACCGGAACAGAACCGGCGAUUCCCAAUUCUUUGGAGAUAUCUCACCGCGAGAAGAAUGCGCCCUGUCCGGAGUCCUUCAAGACAUCUCCAAGGUCCCAUUCCACGUCUUCAUUGUUGACUGGACGGGAUCUUAGUACUCCUGGUAUGGGCUUUAUCUGAUUAUUGACAGGAGGAAAUUUGAGACGCACUAUUUUUUCAAUAAAAAGUUUUGGCAGUAUCUUUCUACUCUAAUAGAUUGAUUUUCGUCCCACAGUCCAAACAGAAUAUUAAAGUUUAGUUUCCGAAAAACUAAGAAAAUCGCUGGAACCUCUCGCUCUCCAAAUAUCGACAUAUUUUUAAAGAAGGCUGUGAACUUCUGUGACGAUCUUUAUAUGUUUCAGUCGGCCACGUGGGCUCCACUACCUGUCGCAGAACCACAUCUUCUUCCACUUGCUGUCAAUCUCCUUGCCUCUGUGAGCGUUCUCCUUCUUCCCCUUCUUCUUCCAUACGUUCUUGA